AUGUGUCACACAGUGCGGUGGGCGUCGCUCGGCAUCGACGUCGCCAGCGCGCUCGUCGUGAUGGACGACCACCAGGACCACCUGCAGCGGAUCGAGCAGGCCGCACGCGCGGGCUUUCGGCAUCUACUCUUUGACGAUAACUUUGUACCCGGUGUGGGCGAUAUCUUCUCUGUGAAGAAUGCGUGCGACGGCGGGCUGGGCAGCGAGGGCGGCGGCGCGCCGGCUCAAGCGCCUUGCGGCGGCGGCGACUUGCGCCGUCACUUUGGGCCGCCGCGCCGAUGCACGAACUUCCACUCCUCGUGCACCUCGCUCGGCCCGAAGGAGCUGGCUGCCGCGCGCGAGCGGCUGCUGCGAGCAGUCGAUGUCAUCUGGGAGGUGCCGCCGAUUGCGGCCGUCGACGCGCCGUACCAAGCGGUCCGCAAGUACAUCCGGCCAGGUGGAACCUUCACCUACGAUGGACCAGUGGGCAGGCGCUGGACGCAGCUCCACACCGAGCUCGCGCGUCAGAGCAUCAAGCCGCCGCUCUUCCCCUCGAGCGCCGAGGCGGCUUCUGCCCUCAAUGUGAGCACGGGCUACCUGCGCACACAGGCUACACAGUACCUUAACAUGGUGUAUGUGCGGCUCGCGCCGCAAGGUAGGUCGCUGUCGAAUCGAGCCGCUGCCAGCAUGUUGUAA